AUGUUUGGAUUUCAAACACUCGCCUGUCUACACGACAUUCCAGUUGUUCGUUCAUCAACUGAUAAACUUCAAGAUGUAUAUGCUAAAGCUAAAACUAGAAGUGUGCUCAUUCGACUUCCAUGCAACUUAGCUGAAACAGUUGCUGAUAAAUCAUUGAAAAUCGCGACAACUGUUGCUAUUCCUAUAAUGAAACCAUUCCAAGGGCCAGUACGCGUUAUUGACGAUUUUACUGCUGAAAAACUUCGUCAAAUCGAAGCCAAAUAUCCUGUUAUUAAAUCGACACCUGAACAAGUGCUCAAUACGUUAAAUGAGAAAACUGAACCUGUUCGUAAUGCAAUGACUUCUGUUAAGGAAACGACUACAUCUACUAUUCAACAUGGCAAGGAAACAGUUUCUAACGUAGCAAAUGCAACAGUAAACAAAGCAACUAAUGUUGCUGACAGUGUGUAUACAUUUUGUGAAACUCACGUUCCAGGAAAAACAAUUCCCGUUCCUCGCCAAGAUUUCGGCCAGCGAACAAUACUUUUAUGGGAACGAAUUAAAUCAACUAUCAGUUCACAAACUGAUUUUCUUUAUCGAUCAAUUGUAUUUCUUUUAACAUGGUAUCGCAUGUUCAUUGUCUCGUUUCUACUCAAAAUUAAACAAACAAAUGACUUUGUGUUGAAUAAAAUUCAACGAAAACCAUUCGUGUUCAUCUUUCCACAACGAUUCUUUAUUCGUAUGGGCGUCAUUUUGGAAUAUUUUGUCGAACGACUUCGAUCGGAAAACUCAACAGAACGCAAACAACCAUCAUCAACUCGAUCUGUUCAGCAAAAACAAUUCGCUAGUCGUAGACAAACCUUGAAACCCGGUGCACUUCUUACAACUCGUCAAAGCGUGAUUGUGACCAAGGAAGAAGUAUCGAUAACUCGUAAUGGUACAACUCAGUCAAUACAUGACAAGGACCAACUUUAUCCUUCUUUGAAUAUCGAUGAAAUCGAACCUGUGUGCGGUACUGAUAUCGAUAAACUACAUGCUAAACUUAAUCCAACUGAUGUUGAACUUCUCUACAGUCGUUUACCAACAGAUAUUAUACCAGCAGAAGAUAAUCUUGGAUCGUUAACUGAUGAUCAACGAGCUCUCCAUGCCAAACUUCUUGGUGCUGAUUUAGAACGAGAAGAACAAGAUGAUGAUAUUGAUGAAGAUUAUGAUGAUUAA